ACCCGGGACCCCAGUCGUGCGGCUCGGGCCCGGGGAAGGGGGGAGUCCCCGGCCCCGAGGCCGUCGACGCUCCCGCAGCCCCGUUUGCGAGGCUCCGCACGAGAAUGUGCACACCCGCCCCGCCGAGGUGAGAUCACUGGACAAUGACACCUGCAUUGUGGACAGUGUGGGUCUUGGGGUCUGUAAUCAGCCUCCUCAAGGAAGGAGCCUCUGAUCAGGCUUCUUCUCUGUCUUGUGACCCCACUGGUGUCUGCGAUGGCCACUCCAGAUCUUUCAACUCCAUCCCCUCAGGUCUCACGGCAGCUGUGAAAAGCCUUGACCUGUCCAGCAAUGAGAUCACCUAUGUCAGCAACAGUGACCUGCGGAGGUGUGUGAACCUCAGGACUCUGAGGCUGGGGGCCAAUGAAAUUCACACAGUGGAGGAAGAUUCUUUUUUUUCCCUGAGGAGUCUUGAAUAUUUGGACUUAUCCUAUAAUCGUUUAUCUAACUUGUCAUCCUCCUGGUUCAGAUCCCUUUCUGCCUUGAAAUUCUUAAACUUACUGGGAAAUUUAUACAAAACACUCGGGGAAAGAUCUCUGUUUUCUCAUCUUCCAAAUCUGCGAAUCCUGAAAGUAGGAAAUAGUAACAGCUUCACUGAGAUUCAGGAAAAGGAUUUCGCUGGGCUAACUCUUCUUGAGAAACUUGAGAUUAAUGCUCCAAAUCUGCAGACAUAUGCGCCAAAGAGUUUAAAGUCAAUCCAGAACAUCAGCCAUCUGAUUCUUCAUCUGAAGCAGCCUAUUUUACUGCUGGAGAUUUUUGUAGAUAUUUUAAGUUCCUUAGAAUGUUUAGAACUGAGAGAUACUAAUUUGAACACUUUUCAUUUUUCAGGAGUAUCCAUCAAUGAAACGAAUACAUCGAUUAAAAAGUUUACAUUUAGAAAUGUGCAAAUCACUGAUGAAAGUUUUAUUGAAGUUGUGAAACUGUUUAAUUAUGUUUCUGGAGUCUUAGAAGUAGAGUUUGAUGACUGUACCCAUGAUGGAGUUGGUGAUUUUAGGACAUUGACUCUGGACACAAUUAAAUACCUAGGUGACGUGGAGACAUUAACAAUACGGAAGUUGCAUAUUCCACAGUUUUUCUUAUAUCAUGAUCUGAGUAAUAUAUAUUCACUCACAGGAAAAGUUAAAAGAAUCACAAUAGAAAACAGUAAGGUUUUUCUGGUUCCUUGUUUACUUUCACAACAUUUAAAAUCAUUAGAAUAUUUGGAUCUCAGUGAAAACUUAAUGUCUGAAGAAACCUUGAAAAACUCAGCCUGUGAGCAUGCUUGGCCCUUCCUAAAAACCUUAGUUUUAAGGCAGAAUCGUUUGAAAUCACUAGAAAAUACUGGAGAAAUUUUGCUUACUCUGCAAAACCUGACUAACCUUGAUAUCAGUAAGAAUAAUUUUCACUCAAUGCCUGAAACUUGUCAGUGGCCAGGAAAAAUGAAAUAUUUGAACUUAUCCAGCACAAGAAUACAAAGUUUAACCCGUUGCAUUCCCCAGACACUGGAAAUUUUAGAUAUUAGCAAUAACAAUCUCGAUUCAUUUUCUUUGAUUUUGCCAGAACUCAAAGAACUUUAUAUUUCCAGAAAUAAGUUGAAGACUCUACCAGAUGCCUCCUUCUUACCUGUGUUAUUAGUUAUGAGAAUCAGCAGAAAUAUAAUAAAUACUUUCUCUAAGGAGCAACUUGAUUCUUUUCAAAAACUGAAGACUUUGGAAGCUGGUGGCAACAGCUUCAUUUGCUCCUGUGACUUCCUGUCUUUCACGCAGGGGCAGCAGGCCCUGGCCCAGGUCCUGAUCGACUGGCCAGAAGACUACCUGUGUGACUCUCCAUCCCCCGUGCGGGGCCAGCGCGUUCAGGACACCCGGCUCUCACCUUCUGAAUGCCACAGGGCAGCCGUGGUGUCUGCCGUGUGCUGUGCCCUUUUCCUGCUGCUCCUGCUCGUGGGGAUUCUGUGCCACCGUUUCCACGGACUGUGGUACAUGAAGAUGAUGUGGGCCUGGCUCCAGGCCAAGAGGAAGCCCAGGAAGGCUCCCCGCAGGGACAUCUGCUAUGACGCCUUUGUGUCCUACAGUGAACGGGAUUCCUACUGGGUGGAGAACCUCAUGGUCCAGGAGCUGGAGCACUUCAACCCUCCCUUUAAGUUGUGUCUUCACAAGCGGGACUUCAUUCCUGGCAAGUGGAUUAUCGACAAUAUCAUUGACUCCAUUGAAAAGAGCCACAAAACCAUCUUUGUGCUUUCUGAGAACUUUGUGAAGAGUGAGUGGUGCAAGUACGAGCUGGACUUCUCCCAUUUUCGUCUCUUUGAUGAGAACAACGAUGCUGCCAUUCUCAUUCUGCUGGAGCCCAUUGAGAAAAAGGCCAUCCCCCAGCGUUUCUGUAAGCUGCGGAAGAUUAUGAACACCAAGACCUACUUGGAGUGGCCCACUGAUGAGAUGCAGCAGGAAGGGUUUUGGUUAAAUUUGAGAGCUGCGAUAAAGUCCUAGGAUCCUUCAUUAAGGGUCAGUCUUGGUCUGGUGGUGGUCUUUCUAUCACUAGUUAUAACUAAGUCCAUUCUGACCCAAUUAUAUGUAAACUAUAUGAAUGAGGACUUGCUUAUUAAAACAACUAAAACUGUUCAAAAACUGCUACCAGAUUGGAAAAACAUGGUUCUGGGCUUUUCUUUAUCCUAUGAGAUAAUCAUGAUCUCACUGCAUUAUUGAUAUCUGAAUUAUCUGUACCAAUUGGCUUAGUUCAUUAGGAAACAGCAGAAAUGAGCAGAAGAUUUCAAAUGACUGUGUCCGUCAGCUUUCUGCCAGGAGACUCAUCCAUGUCUGUAGAGGUCGUUCUCCAUCCCCCCAGCUGUCCCUUCUGUGCCUGACUGCUCUCAAGAGCAGCAAGGCAAACUGUUAUUGCUGUUCUUAAAAAAGAAGUGCUGUGUGUCCCCAUUAAGCUUCACAGGAUACAAAAAAACCUAGAGGGUAUAUUUUCAUAUGAACUGGAUCUGUCUUUCUCGGUAUUUGAUAAGUUUCUCCAGCCAUAGUUACUUGAGAGAGGGUAUAUAACCCAAGAUGCAGUAAAUUAUGUAUUUCUAUGAAAAUGAAACUAAUGAAAUAAAUACUCAGUUUUGAAGAAUUUGAAAGAAGCCCCCUAUAUCCCUGACUCAGAUCUUCAGCCUUUAACUAUGUGUGAAGUUCUAAUUAGUGUCUGGUUACUCUG